UAAAACCGAUCAAAGCCGUACGGAGUUUUCAGGAGGGUGGUCGCGUUACGCUCGGAACUUUCUUAAACAGACGGAAUCCUUUCGAGUAGUAUAUAUAAAUAUAUAUAUAUAUGAUUUGGUUCGCGCAACAGCAAAAGUAAAAAAAUGACGGAACGUCGUGUGAUUUGACAGUGAAGAAACAUUUAAUGGGAAAAGUGCCUCGGUAUCCUGUGGUUGGUAUUCGGGAAUCCUAAGUAUCGCCACAACACCCUGUAGCUCUCUGAUAUCCGGAUUCUGGCCAGCGUACCGACAUUGGUAAUCAGUGAACGGAAGGAAGGCUCGAGGCGCGGAACGCGAAAGGGUGAGACAGGGGUGAACUGGCGGAGGGUGAGGCUGAAGUGAUGACGGGCGAGGAAGGAAAGUGCGGGGGUGGAACUGGCACUGGCGGGGAUGCCGGUGUGGGAAAUACGAACCUUACCGACAACGUGAACAAUGUUAACGCCAAUGUACAUGCGAAUGUUAAUACCAACAUAAAUGUCAGCCAACAGAAUGGAGGACCGGAAAAAGCGCCCGUCGUCGGCGGUACCAAUGUGGAAACUUUACCACGCGCUGGCAAGCAGAGCGACCCUAGUACGGCAUUUCUUCGUGCGGCUCGCGCAGGGCAGCUGGAAAAGGUUUUGGAGUACUUGGAAUCGGGAGUGGACAUUAAUGCUUCAAAUGCUAAUGGCUUAAACGCUUUACAUCUGGCAGCUAAAGAUGGACAUUUGGAAAUUGUCCGAGAACUUCUUAACCGUGGAGCAGUGGUCGAUGCUGCUACCAAAAAGGGAAAUACGGCAUUACAUAUCGCUUCUCUUGCUGGACAGGAGGAGGUGGUACAAUUGCUGGUACAACGAGGUGCUUCUGUGAAUGCACAAUCGCAAAAUGGGUUCACACCACUGUAUAUGGCCGCACAGGAAAAUCAUGAUUCUGUAGUCAAGUUCCUUCUGAGUAAAGGUGCCAAUCAAACAUUGGCUACUGAGGAUGGCUUCACCCCAUUAGCAGUAGCGAUGCAACAGGGUCACGAUAAGGUAGUAGCAGUUCUGCUGGAAAAUGACACUCGUGGUAAAGUUCGAUUGCCUGCCCUCCACAUUGCUGCCAAGAAAGACGAUUGCAAAGCAGCUGCCCUACUUUUACAAAACGAUCACAAUCCCGACGUAACAUCGAAGAGCGGUUUUACACCGCUUCACAUUGCUGCUCAUUAUGGUAACGAUCGAAUUGCCUCCUUGCUUUACGACAGAGGAGCAAACGUAAAUUUUGCGGCGAAGCAUAAUAUUACGCCGAUGCACGUUGCAGCAAAAUGGGGAAAAAUAAAAAUGGUGAAUCUUCUGAUGAGCAAGGGAGCAAAUAUCGAAGCGAAAACGAGAGAUGGCCUUACGCCGCUUCACUGCGCCGCACGAUCUGGUCAUCACGAAGUUGUCGACAUUUUAAUCGAGAAAGGGGCACCAAUUGGUUCAAAGACGAAGAAUGGUCUUGCGCCGUUGCACAUGGCUUCUCAAGGAGACCAUGUUGACGCUGCGAGGAUAUUAUUGUAUCAUCGAGCACCCGUGGAUGAAGUGACGGUAGAUUACUUGACGGCGCUACACGUGGCAGCUCAUUGCGGACACGUACGAGUGGCUAAGCUUCUACUCGAUAGAAAUGCUGAUCCAAACGCACGAGCUCUAAACGGCUUUACUCCACUCCAUAUUGCUUGCAAGAAGAACAGACUGAAGGUCGUUGAGCUCCUCUUAAAGCACAAAGCUAGCAUCGAAGCCACUACAGAGUCUGGAUUGACGCCUCUACAUGUAGCAAGCUUCAUGGGGUGCAUGAAUAUAGUGAUUUAUUUACUGCAACACGCAGCUAGUCCCGAUAUACCGACAGUAAGAGGCGAAACGCCUUUGCAUUUAGCUGCCAGAGCGAAUCAGACUGAUAUUAUCAGGAUACUUCUUAGAAAUGGUGCCCAAGUUGACGCCAGAGCAAGGGAAGAACAAACUCCGCUUCAUGUUGCUUCUCGAUUGGGCAAUGUUGAUAUCGUGAUGUUAUUACUUCAACACGGUGCCGAUGUAGAUGCUACUACAAAAGAUUUAUAUACACCACUUCAUAUUGCUGCUAAAGAAGGUCAAGAAGAGGUUGCAUCCGUUUUGUUAGAAAACAGUGCAUCGCUUACCGCGACGACCAAAAAGGGAUUCACUCCUUUACAUUUGGCAGCUAAGUAUGGUAACAUGAAUGUAGCGAGAUUAUUGUUGCAGAAGAAUGCACCAGUUGAUGCUCAAGGAAAGAAUGGAGUGACUCCACUUCAUGUGGCAUCUCACUAUGAUCACCAAAAUGUAGCAUUACUUCUACUUGAUAAGGGCGCAUCACCUCACGCUAUGGCUAAAAAUGGCCAUACACCAUUACAUAUUGCUGCACGUAAGAAUCAGAUGGAUAUUGCAACUACUUUAUUGGAAUACGGAGCAAAAGCAAAUGCAGAAUCAAAAGCAGGAUUUACGCCGCUACAUUUGAGUGCACAAGAAGGCCACACCGAUAUGUCAACGCUGCUUAGUGAGCACAAAGCAGAUACAAAUCACAAGGCAAAGAAUGGUCUCACGCCGCUUCACUUGUGCGCACAAGAAGACAAAGUUAAUGUUGCCUCUAUUCUCGUUAAAAAUGGUGCUCAAAUUGAUGCUAAAACAAAGGCUGGUUAUACUCCGCUACACGUGGCAGCUCAUUUUGGUCAAGCAGCGAUGGUACGAUUCCUUUUACGAUCUGGAGCAGUUGUUGACAGUAGCACGAAUGCUGGAUAUACUCCAUUGCAUCAAGCUGCCCAACAGGGUCAUACGUUAGUGAUUAAUUUACUGCUGGAGGGUAAAGCAAAACCGAACACUACUACUAAUAAUGGACAAACAGCUUUAGAUAUUGCACAAAAACUUGGUUACAUUAGCGUCAUCGAGACACUGAAGGUAGUUACAGAAACCGUCAUUACAACGACUCAUACAGUUACUAUUGAAGAAAAAUACAGAGUACAAGCUCCUGAAUCAAUGCAAGAGACGUUUAUGAGCGAUAGCGAAGACGAAGGGGGUGGUGAUGAAAUCGGCAUGGCAGCCAUGAAUGUGUACGGGCAGCCUCCACACGCGCAACACGUGUACCUUCCUUCUUACUACCGGGGCCAAAUGACCUAUACCUGUGAAGAUCCGAUGCUUAGCGACCAACAGCAAUAUCGAUACAUGACUGUUGACGAUAUGAAAUCCAUGGGGGAUGACUCGAUGCGCGUCAACGUGACAGAUGACGAGAGAGACAAUCGACAUUCCGGAGCACCAAUGAUAACCGAGAUGAUCACAAAAGAAAAUUAUCAACGUACAAACGCUGCCAAUCUCAAACUAGACAAUGUUGAUAUUAAUAGGCACCCAGUACACGUCGGAGCGUCCCUAGAGUCCCUAAAUACAUCGCUGGCAGCUCUUGGUACCAUGUCGAAAGGACAAGGAAUGUGGAGGGACAGCUUCCUGGUUUCCUUUCUGGUGGAUGCACGAGGUGGUGCGAUGCGUGGCUGCAGACAUAGUGGUGUACGUGUAAUCGUUCCUCCUAGAAAAGCCGCAAUGCCUAUGCGCGUUACGUGCAGGUAUUUGAGAAGGGACAAAUUGACGAACCCACCACCUUUGAUGGAAGGGGAGGCUCUUGCCAGCCGUAUCCUCGAACUAGGACCCGUGGGUGCCAAAUUCUUAGGACCUGUCAUCAUAGAAGUACCACACUUUGCUUCGUUGCGGGGCAAGGAACGAGAAAUAGUAAUACUUCGAUCGGAUAAUGGAGAAACUUGGCGCGAGCAUACCUUGGAAGCCAGCGAGGAGGCUGUCCAAGAUGUGCUUAACGAGAGCUUUGAAGGAGAAGAAUUAAGCCAGCUCGAGGAUCUCCAAACUUCUCGAAUCGUAAGGAUACUCACUGCAGACUUCCCACAUUACUUCGCAGUAGUGUCUCGCAUCAGGCAAGAGGUUCAUGCAGUUGGGCCAGAAGGUGGUACAGUUUCUUCAUCGGCUGUUCCACAAGUUCAGGCUGUUUUCCCACCAGCAGCUCUUACUAAAAAGAUCAGAGUUGGACUCCAGGCACAUCCAAUACCAGCAGAUCUUGUAGCCAAGUUGCUUGGUAACAGAGUGGCGGUAUCGCCAAUCGUAACCGUUGAGCCAAGGCGAAGAAAAUUCCACAAACCGAUAACCUUAACUAUACCGGUGCCGCAAGCAGCCAACAAAGGCAUGAUCAAUCAAUAUUCAGGAGACGCACCGACGUUGAGACUUCUGUGCAGCAUAACUGGAUUGAGUCAUUUAGCACAUUCGUUUGACUGGUAACCGCUUCGAUAUUAGGCUUGUAAUUUAUAACUUCUAUAAAAUUGUGUUCCCAAAAUAUAUGUACUUUUAGAUCAUUCUAAUAUGUAUCAUACGACACGUUACCGAUACAAAGACUGACAAUGUUGUCUAUUUAAUCUUACCGUUUGUUACAGUUACGCUGUACUUAUUUUAUUUACAAGUUUUACAUGUGUAUAACGAAGCUUUUCCGAGUAUAUAAAACUCAAUUUUGAUUUUUCCACACGUUAUUAUAAAAAUAUUUUGACGAGAUUCUCGUUUCUGUUUGGUUGACAAAUUAUCAAACAUUUUGAAAACAUUUAAUACAUUUUAUACGAUCAAAGAAAAAAAAGGAAAAAAAAG